AUGUAUGUGAUGGACUUGCCUCGUCAGUUCUUCAUGAUCCGGUUCGAGAAGGAGAGUGAGUAUUUGGCGGCGCUGACAGGAGGUCCAUGGAGAGUGUUUGGGAGUUAUCUUAUGGUGAGAGCUUGGUCGCCGGAGUUUGAUCCGUUAAGAGAUGAUAUUGUUACAACUCCGAUAUGGAUCAGACUAACCAAUAUCCCAGUGAAUUUCUAUUAUCGAUCGAUUCUCAUGGGAAUUGCUAAAGGUUUGGGUAAGACAAUACGGGUGGAUCUGACUACUUUGAAUUUUGAAAGAGCUAGAUUUGCGAGAGUUUGUGUUGAAGUCAAUCUUGAAAAGCCUUUGAAAGGGACAGUCUUAAUAAAUGGGGAGAUGUACUUUGUUGCCUAUGAAGGUCUAUCUGAAAUCUGCUCAAAGUGUGGUAUCUACGGACACAUGGUUCAUGAAUGCCCAAAGACCAUUGCGGAAAGAGUGGCUAAUCAGACAGCUCCAACGGAAACGCCAAUAUUGGCUCAAUCUACGCCGCGACAAAAUCCCCUAGUGCAGGGAGAUGGUUUCACUCAGGCAAGAGGUCCGAGACGUGGAACGCAAACUCAAUCUCGAACUGCAAAUGUCACGACUCGGUAUUUGACGGUGGAGGCGAGUCGUAACAACAGAGGGACCAUUGCGCUUGCAAAUAAAUUUGGAAGCUUAGAGAUGGUUACGAGUGUGGGUGCAUCAAGGAAGGAUGCAGUUAAUGGUUAA